AUGACCACCGCCCUUCAACUGGACGAAGUAAUUCCCUCACGUGAAGAGAGCCCUCUCAAACGGAGGCUGUCUUUCGACGCCGAUUUCCAGCGCAAGUCCUCGGACACCAGCGCACCUCAGCAGCAACGCGCUUCCGCCGACUUUGGUCUGGUAGAACCUCACGUUGCUGCUCCCACUGCUCCGACGACGGAGAAGCCCAGAGAGAGGAACGGGCUCCCAGAGCAGAAGGAAGCAAUCCAGGAGUACCAACAGGCGUCCCAACAAGAAUGUGAAAUCACACUGCCAGCUCAGUCUCCGGAGUGCGCCGCCAGCGGUGCCAAUACACUCCAGACUCUGUCCGCGACCCCGAUCAAAGAAAGGGCUGCGGGCUCUCCGACGCCCUCUCAAAGACAGCCGGAGCCACAAGAUGGACGCAAAGUGAGCCAGUCAAGUCGCCAAGCGAGUUUAUCUCACCAGCACGUUUCGUUCUCCUCUGUCCUUCAAGAACUUAACAGCAUCAGCAAAGAACACCUCGAAGCCCAGCGAAUCAAGUCAGCCGCUCUGAGGACCUCAUACUAUGAUUCGGAUCACGCUCCACGCCACUCUCAGGUUGUCCUAACUGCAACAGGUGUGUCAAUCAAGGUGCAGCACGUCACCCUUAUGGUCGUCCUCAUGCUGAUCGUGACGGCCGUGGCAAUAGUCAUUGUGUUGCUGUUCGCACGAGGCGCCAAAUCACCACCCUCAACACCGUUCCGCAAGACUGAGGACUGCCUCGCCCACUCGUGGCGCCUCUCUAAUGGACUAAACCGCCAUCUCGAUCCAUGCCACAACUUUAGUGCCUACGUCUGCUCCGCUUGGUCGCCUCCGAAAGGCUACCUAGAGUGCUCUAACUCAGCCAUGGAUGACGUAAGGAAAUCGUGGUUUCCACAAUUCUACAACGUACUCAGCGAAGGGACGAAAACCAUCGGUGCGGGCCGCAAACCAAUGGCCAUGUACUUGUCCUGCAUGGGCAACCGAUCACAGUACGGCUCGAACUUGGACAUCUUCUGGAAGUUCCUCAACGAAUGUAGACUCUCCUGGCCAGAGAAACCCGCGCCAAGUGACACCAGCGCCCUCGACGUACUGAUGACGCUAGCUUUCAAGUGGCAGGUCCCGCUAUUCUUCCAAGUGCGCGCUAUGCGCUUGUCCCCACCAAAUUGGCGUUUCAUAUUAGAGCCCGGUUCCCUCAUAUCAAUUUUGUACCAUCAGCAUCUCACAGUCAAAAGCACCGGCGGAUACGCGAAAUACUGGGCCACGUUCUUCUACAUCCUUAGCCGAAACUACAGUAAGUAUGGGGUCGACACGAAGUUUAUCAACACGACUAUGGUUAUGGAAGGUGACGUCUUCAGAAAACUGCUGAACGCUAGGCGUAUUCCGGUAACCGAACCAGCUCUGGUGCGAAUCGCUCUAAUCGGACUCCUCACUCCGCCGCUGUCCUCCAAGCAAUGGCUACGUGCCUUCAGGCAGACCGAGCUUGAGCCUGAAGUGAAGCGCAACGACCAGGUUUUCGUAGGCGACGUAGAGUUCUUCCGGACUAUGGCGACCGUGAUGUCAUCGUACAGAAAAACCGAGCUGCUGUCCCUGAUCGCCUGGUCUUGCGUGCAGCUGUUUGCUCCGGCAGCGGAUAUCCAGCUGCUUGAGAAUCGGUACGACCAGGGCAUCACCAUAUAUCGGCCGUACUUCUGCGAGCGAUUCGUCGAGGCCGCAUAUCGGCUCCUGGUGAUCGCGCUCACCUCCGUGUCGCGCUUCACGUCAGCACAGCGCGCCGCCGUCGAAGCAGGCUUCGAUAGCUUGGUUUUGGCGGCUGCAGCAGCGGCCAUCGCAACGCAAUGGCUGGGCGCCGAGAGCCGGAAGCUCGCGGUCGUGAAGCUGCGUUCGACGCGGCUAAAGCUGUGGCCCCCCGAGCGUUUCCUCCAAAACGACGUGCUCGAGCGCAUGUACAGCGAUUUUCCCAGCACUGAACUUUCGUUUGCCGAGUACUGGGUGAAGACGAGCCGCUGCGCUGCUAAGGCGCAUGACACGCACGCUGACAUCGACGUCUUCAGCUUCGCGGUCAACUACGCACUGCCCUAUGUGCUCUAUGACGCCUCAAGCGGCGACGUCAAGGUGGCCGUGGGCGCCAUUAGUCCGCCCUUGUUCUACCCUGGCGGGACCGAGGCCAUGUUCUACGGGGGUCUGGGCUUUGCCAUGGCACUCAAUCUGGUCGCGUCCGUAGACCGACAGGGACUGCGGUGGCACCCGAACGGCACAUUCGGCCACUUCUUUUUGUCCAGCUCUUCCGCGAAGGCCUUCGAGGACAGAGACGGCUGCCUAGGGGCGCUUGACGGGCACGCCGCCAGUGGCGGAGACAGCACCCAGAGCACAACCGGCGCGAGGGCCAGCAUCUUUCCCGAGAUCCCUGCUCUCGAGGUUGCCUACGCGGCGUACCGCCGCGCAGUCAGCGACAGGGGAGACGAAGCUCUUCAGGGAAUUGUGGGGGGCUUUUCAGGAGACCAAGUGUUCUUCAUGACACUAUGCUACAUGACUUGCACGCGACCCGAUGCCGUGGGUCCGCACACAGUGGACUGCAACAAGGCGGUGCGCAGUUCGGAGGCCUUCGCCCGGGCAUUACAUUGCCCGCCCGAGUCCCAGAUGAACCUCAAGCUAAAGUGUAAAUUCUUUGGGUGAGAACCGGGCACUUCCCAAGGACUGCGAUACCACGUUCACGUGGCAUCGUACGACACACCUGCAUGUGGCCUGUGCACAUACAGUUUUCUGCGCAGCAUCGAAAGCGAUGUCGUCGCCAGCCAUACACAACGUACCCACUGUUUUAUUUCGUGUCUGGAAUGACGUUAAAAAGCGCGGGCUCUCUCUCUCUCAGUAUUUAAAAGUAAAUACCUAUGAUGAAUUCGUUGUAAGGCUUCGUUGCGCUCUAAACUCAG